GAGUACCAGUGCUGUCACCAGUUUUGCAGUAGUCAAAACACGUUUAUAGAAUGCAUCAUGCACAUUGGAUAACAAGUUGUAGGAAUGAGAUUUUUAUUCAAACCACUCAGUAUUAUUUGAUUUUAAGUUAUGCGCCGUCUUAAUUGCAAUAGCAAACUUAACAUUGUUAACCUAGCUAACGUUAGGUGCUCCUGCAAGUAACAUUAGCAACUGUAGCAUACGGUUAAGCUAGCGAAGCAAACUUUGCUAACUCACUGGUUUCCUUACUCUUGAGGUGUUUUUAUAUGUAGUGUGUCGGCAGUCAGAGCUGUAGUAACUGGUAAGACUCUGGGAUUUACUCUAGCAAGUGACACUCACUGCAAACUGUAACUUGGCUAAUAUAACGCAAAAUGUUCCACGAAAAAGCGCGUAAGGAGCAAUAGUGAAACGCCCCCCAUGGAAGUCACCGCCACCAGUCGGCAUUAUGUUGACAGACUGUUUGACCCCGACCCACAGAAAGUGCUUCAGGGAGUCAUUGACAUGAAGAACGCUGUCAUAGGAAACAACAAGCAGAAGGCCAAUCUGAUUGUCCUCGGAGCCGUGCCAAGGUUAUUAUACCUGCUGCAGCAGAGCUCAUCCAGUAUGGAGCUGAGGACAGAGUGCGCUGUGGUGCUGGGAAGCCUCGCCAUGGGCACUGAGAACAACAUCAAGUCCCUGGUGGACUGUCACAUCAUCCCUGCCCUUCUUCAAGGUCUCUUAUCUUCGGACCUGAUCUUCAUUGAAGCUUGCCUUCGAUGUCUCAGAACUGUCUUCAUCAGCCCAGUCACCCCUGUCCAGCUGCUUUAUACUGACCCCACUGUGAUUCCUCAUUUAAUGUCUCUUCUGAGCAACUCUCUGAGAACCCAGGAGUACAUCACCCAGAUCUUCUCCCACUGUUGUAAGACUCCAGAGCACCAGACGAUCCUUUUCAACCACGGCGCCAUCCAGAAUAUUGCCCCUUUGCUCAUUUCACCCUCUUAUAAGGUUCGGAUGCAGGCGUUAAAGUGUUUCUCAGUCCUGGCGUAUGAGAACACGCAGGUCUCCAUGACACUGGUGAAUGUGCUGGUGGAUGGUGAGCUACUCACUCAGGUAUUUGUCAAAAUGAUGCAAAGGGAUCAACCCAUUGAAAUGCAGCUAACAGCAGCCAAAUGUCUAACCUAUAUGUGUCGAGCGAGUGCCAUCAGGACAGACGAUAGCUGCAUAGUACUAAAGACCCUGCCAUGCCUUGUGCGAAUGUGCAGUAAAGAGCAUUUGCUUGAGGAAAGGGUGGAGGGUGCAGAGACACUGGCCUAUCUCAUGGAGCCCGACGUGGAGCUGCAGAGGAUCGCAAGCACCACUGAUCACCUCGUGGCCAUGCUGGCCGACUACUUCAAGUACCCCAGCUCUGUGUCUGCCAUCACUGACAUCAAGAGGCUGGACCACGACCUGAAACACGCACACGAGCUGAGACAAGCAGCCUUCAAACUGUACGCCUCGCUGGGCUCCAACGAUGAGGACAUCCGCAAAAAGAUAACAGAGACGGAGAACAUGAUGGACAGGAUAGUCAGCGGCCUAUCAGAAUCCAGCAUUAAAGUCCGUUUGGCAGCUGUCAGGUGUCUUCACAGUCUUUCUCGGUCGGUGCAGCAGCUGAGAACCAGCUUCCACGAUCACGCAGUAUGGAAACCCCUGAUGAAGCUCUUGCAGAACGCCCCAGAUGAAGUCCUGGUUAUGGCUUCUUCUACACUAUGCAAUCUACUGCUGGAAUUCUCACCCAGCAAAGAGCCCAUCCUGGAGUCAGGGGUAAUUGAAUUACUAUGCAGUCUAACCCAGAGCGACAGUCCUGCACUGAGAGUCAAUGGGAUCUGGGCCCUGAUGAAUAUGGCGUUCCAAGCUGAUCAGAAGGUGAAGGUGGAGAUUGUUCGGUGUUUGGGCACAGAACAGCUGUUCCGCCUGCUAUCAGACCCCGACACCAACGUGUUAAUGAAGACCCUCGGUCUGCUGCGCAAUCUACUGUCGACACGCCCUCACAUUGACCAGAUCAUGAGCUCCCACGGGAAGCAGAUCAUGCAGGCAGUUACCCUCAUCCUUGAAGCGGAGCACAGUAUAGAGGUCAAAGAGCAGACGCUGUGCAUCCUAGCCAACAUUGCCGAUGGCAACACAGCCAAGGACCUCAUCAUGACCAAUGACGACAUGCUCCAGAAAAUCAAAUACUACAUGGGGCAUUCGAAUGUGAAACUGCAGCUUGCUGCAACCUUCUGCGUCUCAAACCUUAUCUGGAAUGAGGAGGACGGUUCUCAGGAGCGUCAGGACAAGCUGAGGGAGAUGGGCUUUGUGGACAUCCUGCACAAACUGACACAAUCCUCUGACCCCAACCUCAGUGACAGAGCGAAGACAGCAUUGCAGCAGUACCUAGCAUGACUACAGUGGGCAGCCAUCGCCUUCUGCCAGCCUAACUAACAAAUGUGUGGAGGACACCUGGCUCCUUCGUUAUUUGUAUCAGUUAAAGUGCCCCUAUUAUGCUGUUUUUAACUAAUAGGAUUACUUUGAAAACAAAACAUUCAUAUUGUGCACUCCUGCAGCGCCUCUUCUCAUCCUCUGAGCCCCGUCUGCUCCACUUGGUCCACUGCUAUAACAGAAGCAAGGCAGCGUUUAUGUGCCCAGCCAGCAUAGCCCUUUAACAGCUGCCAACUUAGAACGCAUUAGCAGUGGCCACGUCAGAAAGACAUGCCAACAGCAUCAAUCAUAAUACAGCUGUUCUCUUGAAAUUGUAUAAAUGGUAAUUACAACAGUAGACAGAACAAUAGAAUAUGUCCAUUAGAACAGCGUUACUGGGAAUUUUCCUCUAUUUAAUUUAAUUAUGUCAGACUCAUUUUACAGGACAAAUAAAACCCCACUUUCUGUCACACAAUUCAUGUCCUGAGAUUUCUUAGUAUAAGAUAAAGAGCACAUCUGAGUUUUUCUACAUGAUAAAUAAGUAAAAAUACAGAAACCCUCUGGUAGCUCACUGCACAGACGGUCCUGUAUUUAUUAAACAAAGUUUUUGUUAAUUGAUGAAUUUAAAAAGUUAAAUUAAAAUUUCUACAGUAGAGAGUGAAGAACAGGAACUUUUCUGUCAUUUAAAGUUUUAUUUAUUACUAAACUGCUCUGGUCUGGUAUAAGUGGCUGUGGGGGAGGUCUUUAUCAGCAGGAGAAUCUGUAAAACUUAAAAAAAUACAGUUAAAAGUCCAAAAAUGUAUGCCUUCCACCAUAUUUUCCAAAGCCAUCCAGUGGGACGGAUUGGCGUCUUUGCCAGGCCGAUUCAGGUCCCCAUAGUUUGACACCACUGCUUUAGAGGGUAGGAUAGAAGCUGACAGGUAUCAUGAGUAUAUUAAUGCUCUUGUUUUAGCCAGAAACAGACAAUGCUGUGUGCUUUGCUAGUAUUGGAGAUAUUUUAGAGUUAUCACAGCAACUCUAGCAACAAAAUAAUGUCCCACGGCGAAGGAGCAUGUGGAGGGCGGCUGUUUCUUUGUUAGAGUGCCCCACACUAGCAGCUAGGCAGGAUUUAUUUAAACGUGUUACACAGUGACAUAGAUCAGAAACGUAAGGAAAAGCUUGGACUCCAAACGAGGUGUUUCAGCAACAGCAAUCUCUGUGAGAAAGGGAAUAACUGCAUUUAGCUUGGUCCUUGCAUCUUUGCAAGAUACACAACAACAAUAGAGCAGAAAACCCCAGAAAGGCUAAUAGGGGCACUUUAAUCGUGAGGCCUGUUUUGUUGCACAAAGACACCUUUUUUUGGACCUGUGGCUGACCUCUCUUCACUUCUCCAGUACAAACACCUCAACCCAGCCUCAACAGUUCGGCUCCAGCUCCACGGCGGAGACUCUGAGACUGCAGUUGUUGUGAAAUCAACGGUUAGGGGAGUUUCACCUGAUAGGUUUUAUUUUAUUCUUCUCUUGAAGUGAAUCCUUGGACUUGGAUUUUGUGAUUUGAGAUUUGCAGACUUUGUUUUCUUUCUUUUUUUGGAGUGCAGCUGCCUGACAUCACAGCUAUUGCGGAGCCUUCAGACUCCCAGCAGUGGAGAUGAUGGUUUCAGAGAGCAGACUUUGAGAGCACGGCUGACGGACAGCAAAGUUUCCCAGUUGUAUUUUUUUAAUUUUUGACUAAGAUUACUAUUAAUAUUAAUGUUUUGUUAAAGGCAUCGCAAGUAAGGACUCACGUGGAAAAACACAGACUGCCUAUUUUGGAAUUUCCUUUCUUCUUUGUGGAUACAUACCUCGUAAAUAUAUAAAUAUAUAUAUAAAUAUAAACAAAUAUAUAUUUUUGGAUUUUUAUUUUUCCCCUGCCCCUCAUGUUUUUCAGUCGAUCCCUCUGAACCAUGGUUUUUGGCACAGUCGGGGGAAUCUACUGCACUCUAAGUAUCUGUCGAACGCUGAACGUGGUCUCUGGAGGAUAAUCAGGAAUGAGCAUUUCUCCUUUUAGGUGUCGUCACUGUGGUGGUGCUGCUCGCACAGAAGCCUGUCACUUCUGUCCAGUAACCUUAUGAUCCCACUGAGAAAUGUAGUGCUUACACAGACCUGCGGUUAUUAAUUACACCCAACACCUGGGCAAAGAGGAUUAAUGUAUCCAUCCCUCACACCUCCUGUCGAGAAAGACCCGAUGUCUGCUGCUGUCUCUGCGUGUGUUUGUCAGGAGGGAUAAAUGAAAUUCCCAAACCUCCAGCUUUCUCUCCCUUGAUGUGUUUUUGAGAGGCGAGUGAGGACAGAGUAGAUGUAAGAAUCGUUUGAGACUAAGGCAUGAGUACAUGCACUGCAGCAGAAUCAAGUGCUACAUUGUUUCUCCACCCCUUUGUUAUAUAAUUUCUUCUCCGAUCAGGAUAUUUCUAGAACAUUUCCCCUGACAUUUCAAACCUUACUGAAGCUCUGAUAGAAUGAAUGUUACCCUUGAGAAUAUAUGCAGAUCUGAAGGAGUUCCUGUGUUGUGUCUUAUUUCUCCUUGGAGAGUCUGCUGUGGUAAAAAUCCCACCGGCUUUUUGUUUUUUUUUUUUUUUUUUAAAUUUAUUUAUUGUUAGUUAGGGGUUGCUUCAUGGAUUUGAAAUAAACCAUUAGAAUGUGUUACAGACUUGCUGCUGCUGCACACAGUAAUGUCAGAGUGUGAAUGUGAUGCUGACCAGACAGCAAACUUGCAGUCAUAUGUGAAAAAGGAUGAUGCAUGUCUUCCCAGGAGUGGAUGUCCCAGCAAAUUCAACCCAAGGUCUCAGACUCCACAUGCAUAUUAAAUAGAAAUAAGAAAAACAAACAAAAAAACAGCUACGGCUGGUUUGGAAAGGAGAAAGCCUCUUCACUCCAUGAAGAACACGGCAGCACAGCUUAGAUUUGCAAACUUCAAGAACAAUAUCCUUUGAAAUUGCCAUUUUUGGUGCUUCCAAAACUCGUUAACUCACAGAUGAGGUGACUGUAGAGCCGGGCGUCUGCUGAUCAUAGGUGGUUCAAUCACUGGCUGCUCCACUCUGCAUGCCAAAUCGGGUAAGAUGCUAAACCUAAGUUGCUCUCCAAUGAAUCCAAAUGAAUGUUUGAUAGAAAGCACUUUGGUAGCAAAAGCAUAGAAAAGUGCACAUAUACAUGGGUUAAUGAGGCAUGUUCUAUAAAGCGCUACGUUAGCUUUAUUUAAUGUGUAAAACACUAAUCCAUCAGUUUUCUGUUCUUCUCGUUUCAGGUAAUUCAUUUAAUUUUAUUGCUAGAGUUAUAUAUUACACCUAUUAACGCAAAUCAGUGGUACAGACAGCUGUCAAGUACACAAAAAUGCAAUCUGUUAGUAAAGCUUCCUUUGUAGUUUUAUAUUUGCGCUUGUAUGUUUAUAAAAAUUACCAUUAGUUGCCAUGUAAUUUGUAUAAAACAGAUCCUGUAAGGUUGUCAGUUUUACCUUUUAAACCUUCCACUAACCAGUAA